GGUUGGGAGGAGCGACCGAGUGACGCAGUAGCCUUCCCAGCCAAUCCGAGAUGGGGAAGGGAGGCCGAGAAGGAAGCGGAUCCGCUGCCGCGCAGCUAAACCGCAUCGAAGUAUCCUCUUCGUCUCCCUCCGCCGCUAUAGGGGCCUAAGCGGGAGCGGCUGGGACGGCGUCACUGAGAGGGCUGGGGGCGGAAGUGGAGGCGGAGGGAGACAGUGUCGACCGCAGGGCCUUGGGCUCUCGCGCCGAGGCUCUGGUGGGCGCGAGGCAGGGGAGGGGGAGGAGGAGGAGCCCGCGGCCGGGGCGGCGGCGGCAGCGGCGGCGCCCGACUUCCCCGUAGGGCCCCGCCUCGGAGCGGGCUGCGGUGGAAGAGAGGAGGAGACUGAGGAGCAGGAUGGCGGCCUCGGCCCUGUAUGCCUGCACCAAGUGUACCCAGCGCUAUCCGUUCGAGGAGCUCUCCCAGGGCCAGCAGCUCUGCAAGGAAUGUCGGAUUGCGCAUCCUAUUGUAAAAUGUACUUACUGCAGAUCAGAAUUUCAACAAGAGAGCAAAACUAAUACAAUAUGUAAGAAGUGUGCUCAAAAUGUGAAGCAAUUUGGCACACCUAAGCCUUGUCAAUACUGUAACAUAAUUGCAGCAUUUAUUGGUACAAAGUGUCAGCGUUGUACAAAUUCAGAAAAAAAAUACGGACCACCUCAGACCUGUGAACAGUGCAAACAACAGUGUGCUUUUGAUCGAAAGGAGGAAGGAAGAAGAAAGGUUGAUGGAAAGUUAUUAUGCUGGCUCUGUACUUUAUCAUACAAGAGAGUUUUACAGAAGACAAAAGAACAGAGGAAGAGCCUGGGAUCUUCACAUUCAAACUCAUCUUCUUCAUCUCUUACUGAGAAAGACCAGCAUCAUUCAAAACAUCAUCACCACCAUCAUCACCAUCACCAUCGUCACAGCAGUAGCCAUCACAAAAUCAGCAAUCUGAGUCCAGAACAAGAGCAGGGACUGUGGAAACAGAGCCAUAAAUCCUCUGCAGCAAUUCAGAAUGAAACUCCAAAGAAAAAGCCCAAAUUGGAAUCUAAGCCAUCUAACGGAGAUAGCUCUAUAAAUCAGUCAGCAGAUAGUGGGGGAACAGACAAUUUUGUCCUUAUAAGUCAACUGAAAGAAGAAGUGAUGUCACUUAAACGUCUCUUACAGCAGAGAGACCAGACCAUUUUAGAAAAAGAUAAAAAGCUAACCGAACUAAAGGCGGACUUUCAGUAUCAAGAGUCAAAUUUGAGAACAAAGAUGAACAGUAUGGAAAAAGCUCACAAAGAAACUGUGGAACAACUUCAGGCCAAAAACAGAGAACUACUCAAACAGGUCGCAGCAUUGUCAAAGGGUAAAAAGUUUGACAAAAGUGGAAGCGUACUAACAUCCCCUUGAGAAAGUAGUUUUUCAUGUAGUGUUUCUGCUGAAAAUGUACAUUUGAAAAAAAAUUCUGUGAAGCCCUUAAAUUCUGUGUAGUGGAGAAAUAUUUUUGCACACCAAAUGAAUUGGCGUGUUUCCUAUUCACUUUUGUAACUGAUACACAGCAUUUUUUAAGUUGUAAAACGUUCAAAUAAAACUUCAACUGGUUUGAAGUUACUUUUUAAUUAUUUGAUAUCCAGGAACUUUUUUGCCAGCAAUAGUAUUAAACACUUGUAAAGGAGUGCAUGAGUAGUGCUCUUUAUAAAAUGCAACAGGCAAUAAUAGAUUACGGUUUUCAGAAGUCAGAGCAGCAGGGUUUGGGUUGGUUUUGUUUUGUGUUUUACACUAUGCUAAUUUCAGAUAAAAGUUUGCAAUUUAGAAAUACAAAAACUUUUAAACAAGGAAAAUGGUGAACACUGGUUUUUUGGUAAUUGUGUUUUUACUUUGCAUCAACAUGAACUUAGGAGAAAAUCAUGGUGCUUUUAUUAAAUGAACUUCAGAAUAUAUGUAAAUAUGUUUUUAAAAGUUACAUCAUUAACAUUAGUUAGUAAACUGGUAUUUUCAUUAUUCGUAUAGGAAUUAAUGUUUAUUGUACAGUAUCCAAGGUAAAAUGUGUUCUGUUUUGUACAAACUACUGUAGAUUUUUACUUACAAGUGCCUUUUUGCCACCUAAUGUUUUUAUUUAUAGGAAUGCCGAUCUUUUGUACAUACAGUUUGUUUUAAAAUCAUGUUUAAUAAAUGUUUGUAUAUAAAUGCAUAUGUACAGAAGCCUAUUUCAAAAGGAAAUCAAAGUUGUUAGUAAAAUGUUUGAGUUUGCAUUAAGAACUAAUAAUGCAUAUAGACUCUAGAUGAUUUUGUGGUUUGUGUGUGAUAUGAGAAGCUGUUGGUCACUGAAUUCAUUGAAUUAUGUAAAAAUACUUCCCCAAAGAUUUAAUUUUAAAUUGUUUCUGAUAGAGUAAUUUUAUUUUUUAUGUCCUAUGGCUUCAUGUUCAUAUUUUGUGAGUUACAUAUUUUGCUUUCUUUUUGUUUUAUAAAAGUUUUUUAAAAAUUUAUAA